AUCUUCCUCGGUGGCGUCAAUGCUGCUUGCAAACCUUUUCUUCUCCAAAACUCUAUUACUCAUGUCCUGUCUCUCGGGUGGAAACCUCUGGAAGACUUAUCUCCAGAAAUCACAGUAAAGUAUAUUGAUAUCGCUGAUACAGAAGAAACAGACAUCACCAUGAUACUCGACGAGGCUUGUCGCUUUAUCGAUCUGGGCACAAGAGGAACGAACAGGAUCUUAGUACAUUGUCGACUUGGACAGUCACGGUCUGCUACAGUAGUUAUAUUCUACUUGCAUCGUUGUAGAGGUCUGACAACGUUCCACGCAUUCUUCUUCGUUGCCUACAAACGUCCACAUAUCUGGAUCAACAAAGGCUUUCAGAGAUACCUC